CUCAUUAUUAUUAUUCUUCAUAGCUUUAUUAUUGUAAAGAAAAACCAAAACAAAGAACUCACCAAGAUCCUAUUUUCUCCUUACAAAAUAAAUCUCUUUGUUUUCAUUGUUUCAUAUACAGUUUCGAUCAAUCAUGAAUUCGAUGUUUAGUGCCUUCGACGCUCUUUUCGCAGAGCUCAUGGGAAAGAACCUCAUGGCUUCUUCUUCUUCUUCUUUUACUUCGACCGCCGCCGCCAUACCGCAAACGCAAACGCAAACGCAGAAGGAGGAUAACGCAAGUAACGAAAACAUGUGUUUGGUGAAGAAGAAGGAGAAGAAGAAGACUACUCCUAGGUAUGCUGUGGAGUUCGACGGUCUUCACUGCUUCGAAACUAUAGUCCGUUCUUGAUUUUUCGAUUUCGUUUCUUGGAAUUUCAAGAUCCGAAAUCUUUCUUCUUUGAGUUUUCUUGUUUUCUUGUUUUUAUUUUUCGUGUUAAUUUUAUUCUAUUUAUUCAUUUUACAACAUUACAACAUGUUAUAUAUUUGUGGAAUAUACGAAUUAAUCGGUUUUUGAUCUGGUUUUAAUAUAGAGUUUCUUGAUUUUUUUCGAUUUCUAA